UUAUUGGUAAAUUAUAAACUACCAUUUAAGUAGUAUUUUAUUAUAAUUAACCGUUAAUUAUUAUCUUUCAGUUUGGUAAAUAUUGAACCGUGGUUACGCAAAUACAAUAUACCUAUUGUCACGUGUGUCCGGUUCUGUGUGUAAAUUCUUUGCUUCAUAACCUAUAUAUUGAAAAAUGAAAUAUGUAACUUAAAUUUAAUAACCGGUACUUACUACUUACCUAUUAGUAUUUAGUUAGUUUAUUGACAUUUUUGUUUGGCAAAUGUGUAAAUUGUUAUUUGUACUUGUAUAGUACAUGACAAAAUCUAUUUUGUGAUGGAAUAAUAUAGUAACAUAAUAUAGUAUAUAUUAUAUUAAAGUAUAUUAAAAAAAUUUGUUUUUAUAUUCAAUUUCUGUUUAAAAUAACAAUUCAGAAACGUCAUGAAUGAUGACAAUUUAUUACCAGGCUCUAGCCUUGAAUUAAAAAUCAUGGCUGCUGAACGUAAUUUCACUAGUUUGGAAGGCCAUGUAUGUGAGAACACCCUUAAAGGUAUUGCAGACAUGGGGUUUACAACCAUGACGGAGAUUCAAUCAAAGACCAUACCUCCAUUAUUAGAAGGUAGAGAUUUAGUGGGAGCAGCUAAAACUGGUAGUGGGAAAACCUUAGCGUUUUUAGUACCUGCCGUAGACCUUAUAUAUAAAUUAAAGUUUAUGCCAAGAAAUGGUACUGGUGUUAUUAUCAUUUCCCCGACAAGAGAACUUUCAAUGCAAACAUAUGGUGUUCUUAAAGAACUAAUGAAACAUCAUCAUCAUACUUACGGUUUAUUGAUGGGUGGUGCUAACAGACAAACAGAAGCUACAAAGUUAUCCAAAGGCAUAAAUAUCAUUGUUGCAACACCUGGACGAUUGUUGGAUCAUUUGCAAAAUUCUCCUGACUUUUUAUACAAAAAUCUCCAGUGUCUUAUCAUUGAUGAAGCUGAUCGUAUAUUGGAUAUUGGGUUUGAAGAAGAAAUAAAACAAAUAAUAAAUUUAUUACCAAAACGAAGACAAACUAUGUUAUUUAGUGCAACCAAAACUCCAAAAACUGAUGCCCUAACUACAUUUGCAUUGAAAAAAGAGCCUAUUUAUAUAGGUGUAGAUGACAGUAAAGAUGAAGCAACUGUUGAAGGUUUAGAGCAAGGAUAUGUAGUAUGUCCUUCAGAAAAACGUUUUCUUUUGUUAUUCACAUUCUUAAAGAAAAAUAGAAAUAAAAAAGUAAUGGUAUUCUUUAGUUCAUGCCUAGCAGUGAAAUAUUUCCACGAAUUACUCAAUUAUAUCGACUUGCCUGUUAUGUGUAUACACGGAAAGCAAAAACAAGAAAAGCGUACAACUACAUUUUUUCAAUUUUGUAAUGCCGAAACUGGUAUACUACUGUGCACAGAUGUAGCAGCUCGAGGAUUAGAUAUUCCGUUAGUUGACUGGAUUGUUCAGUAUGACCCACCUGAUGAUCCUAAAGAAUAUAUUCAUCGUGUUGGACGUACAGCUCGUGGUGAAGGUAGUAGUGGCCACGCUUUACUUAUUCUGCGACCAGAAGAGUUAGGAUUUUUGCAAUAUCUGAAAAAAGCUAAAGUUCCAUUAAACGAAUUUGAAUUUUCAUGGAAUAAAAUAUCAGAUAUUCAAUUACAACUUGAAAAACUUGUAGCCAAGAAUUAUUUUUUACAUAUUUCUGCUAAAGAAGCAUUUAAAUCUUACGUCCGCGCGUAUGAUUCUCACCAUCUCAAACAGAUAUUUGAUGUUGGAACAUUGGAUAUUGUGAAAGUAGCUCAGUCAUUUGGGUUUUCUUCCCCUCCAGCGGUAGAACUUAAUGCAAAAGCAGUUCGUCCAAGAAAACGACAUGGUGGUGGCGGCUUAGGAAAGUUUAAAAAUUUGAACAAACCCGAUAACAAAAAAGUGUACAAAUUUGUUCAGCCGCCAAUAAAAAAAAGAAAAAAUUAAUAAAUAAUGAUUUAUAAAAUUGUAUUACAAAUUAUAAUUGCUUUAACACUAAUAUUUAAUUUUGAUAAAUCAGUUUAAACGAUCUCCCCUCAUUUGUAUUCAAACUAUAUUGUUCAGUAUGUCGUUAAAUACUGAUUUUUGUGAUGAUUUAAUGACUAUUAACUAUUUUUAUAAAAACCUGUGAUAUGACUAAUAAAUAGAGAGUAAUAGAAGCAUAGUAUAUAGUGA